AUGUUCGUCUGGUUCUUUUUCAGUUUUUUGGUCUUUGGAAAAUUUUUGGCCAAGGUGAAUUGUUUCGUGUGUCCCAAUUAUUUGAUAACUCCUGAAGCUGGACCAAUCGGUGUGAUACCUUCCAGCAGAGUUGGUCUAUCUGUUAUUCCUGCCAACUACGAUUGUGCAUAUCACUUUUUGAUUCAUCCCGGUUGGGCUCUCCAUUUGUCUAUCAGCACUCACUAUGAUCAAUUACUCGGAGACAAUAUCACUUUUACGGACAACUUGGGAGUUGUCCAUAUACUUCCCACGCCAAACCAGCAUAUUGACGAAUGGUCAUCGGCGCCAACUGCCAUUUUUCACAUAAAAACGAUGAGCAAUACCAGUCAAAUGUUUGCGAUUUAUGAAUUCGUCAAUGUCGAGAAAAAGUACAAACAAGUCAAGAUUCCGACUGGAGAAUACUUUGCUCUUGGGGACAUGAAUAAACGAUACUACACGUUUCAUUCGGAAGCCAUGGAUCGAGUGGCACUGAAUCUGGCUAUCAAAAACACGCAAGACUAUGACACACUUCUCGAACAGAUAUUCGUUUAUGACGGAGGAGAUGUGAAGAACUGUCAAAUGGUUGGAAGACUUUCAAAUUUCCUCAAGAAGAAAAAAAUUUCAUCGUUCAAUAACAUCACUAUCAUUAACUUCUAUGACGUUAAUUCACCAUCCUAUUUGAUCGGAAAUGAUUGGUUAAAAGUGUCAGUAUUCUCUAAGUACAAGGCUAUUCUGACGAGUCGGAAUCAACAAACAACUGGCGAGUUGUUUGAUGCGAGUGACCGAGGAGCCGCUUAUACAUGGAUAUGCUCCGAUUGUAACAACUUUUACUGGACCAUUUUGAAAUUUCAUAAGUCAAUGACGACGAUUUCAAAAGCUUAUAUCGAACUUCGCUCACUAUCUCCCACACAUAACACUUCAACUCUUUUGAAUUACUCUGUUUCUACAACAUUGGAACGGAAUUUCCCUCAACUGAUUCCUUCGAGAAUGUUCACAAUGAUCAAUCAUCACAGUGGAAUUGGAGUCACUCUGGAUACUUCUGUCACUAAAUCCUCGACUCAAAAAUGGCUGAAACCAUUUGAUGGUAGACGUGGUGUAAUAUUCUCACCCUCAAUUUGGAACCCAAAAACAUCACCAAGCUUUUCAUUUCAGUUUGAAGACGAUGAUCAAAAAUUCAUGUUUGGUGUGAAUGUGAAAGAUGUUCGAAUUGCGACGGCUGGCGACUCAUUGACAAUAAAAACAGGACCAACAGCAUCAAACAACUUUUCAUAUAAGGAAUUUGUCUCUGAUCAUACAGAAUUUUGGACUCGGAGGGAAUCAAAAGGAAACUUUAUGCAAAUUUCCUAUGAGGGAUGGGAUCAAAGAUCAAUGGCAAUAGUCAGCUUUGAUAUGAAAAAAAUCAAUUGCGGAAAUAAUUAUGAUUCGUUUAGACUGUUUUUAUUCUUGUUAUUUUGGUUGUGCUACAAAUAA